CGUCGCAGUCUAGGAUACUGUCUACAGAGACGGUAGCGAUAAAGAACCAGAAAUGAAAAAAAAGAUGUGAUGAUGCUACGAUAGCGGAAUGGCACUGCUCUACAGGUUUGUCAAGAUCCCGGACCGCGCAGACACUCAUGUGUUCACGUUCAUAGUUACUAAAUCAGUCACGCGUGACCUGGAAAGAGAUAUCACAUCCAAGGAGUUCUCCUGCGGGCAUCAAAGAUGGGCGAUCACAUUUUCCCGCACAGACAAAGUGCUGGGCGUGUACCUGGUAUGGAGAAGCACCUCAGACGCCAUGAGGGUGUAUGUAGACUUCACCUUCACCCUUCUAAACAGAGAUCACUUCAGCUACAAUGAGGCGUUCUCCGGAAAACAGGUCAAGUUUACGACAGAAUGCCCGGCGCAGGGUAACCGCAACUACAUCGCCGUCAGUGAACUCUACGUCCGCAACUUUGCCGACCACAACGGCGAGUUCCAGCUGGAGCUGAGCAUGGGACAUGUCAGAACUAUGUUCGACACAGACUUCCGCGUUCCCAGCAGCAUCUUCGGCCACCACUUGCCGCGCAAUCACCACCAAAACCCCGCCAAAAACCCACCCCAGACCAACAAGAUGGAGACCACUUACUUCACUUAUGGUGGUUUCGAUUGGAACCUCGCACUCUACCCUAAUGGAAUAAAGGAUAUCCAUGACGGGCGAGUGUCGGUGUACCUCAACAGAUGUACCGGGUUCGACCACCAAUGCAGAGUCCGGUACAGUCUGGUGCUGGGGGACGGACCGAGGAGGGUGGACUCAGGACCUGUAGAUGACGUUUCUGACUCAGACGGGAAGAGCUAUGGUUGGCACACGUCGUCACGGUUCCAGGACCUCGUAUAUAAGGGAGCAGUCCGCGUCCAUCUGGAGAUGCUGAUGGCCAACACGCUGAGUGAGGUGGUGUCAACGAUAGUGGUGCAGCACGCGGCGGCGGCGACGGCGGCGGCGGGCAGCAGUGGGGCGGCGGCAGCGCCGGCAGGAGGCACCCACGGGGUCGUGGUGGCUGCCCCCGCUGUCACCCAGUGCUAUGACAGAGAUAAGCAGGCGUGGUCCAUCAAGAGUGACUGCCACUCGGAGACUGUCAGGCUACACAUGGUGUACAAGGACAUCCACAACGUGCCCAGGAACCAUCUCAGAUACGUGUGUUGGAUGGCCUACCUAUUGAAGUACGACGAAGACUCGAGAGAAAUGGUCCCCAAAGCGUUACCCGGAGCUCCCUUUAGCCACUACUACGCCCAAGAAAACAGUGACGAGGGGAUCAUCAUGGAGACGGACGUUGGAGUAAAAGAGUUGAAGGAGCCAGGAUGUCCCUACCUGACAGACAAAGGUCAGAUGAGGGUGCAGGUUGUGUGGAGUGAGAGUUACCUUCUGUUCCAAGCGUCAUAUCAUAAAUAUGACGACGUCACUCGUACCCAGAACCACCAAAUGAGGCGAGAGAUACAGACCCUCCAGGCAGAGAACUAUAGCUUGGAACGACAACUAUUUAGUUAUCAGAAGAGUAUAGCUUAUGCACAUUCAAGAGGAACUUACUCUUAUGAUUUGCAAACGCCUGAUGGUCGACCAGAAGAAGAGGAAGAUCCAUAUCCGUUUGAAGAGCGCGGAUACCACCAUCACGGUCUGGGGGACCGCACAAUGUCCUCUGAUACGGAGUACGCCUGAGGACGGAGGACCCCUCGUCCCACCGGCCCAGUGGACCCCCACCCACACCCACACCCACACCCACACACCCAAUCUGCCCAGCGCCGUGGCAGUGUGUGGGACACAAUAGCAGGCUACGUCUGCUCUCUCGGCUCAAUCGCCGUCCAUACCAUCAAACCAGCUCACCGCAGGAUAUUCGAUCUGUAUAAGACGUAAUGACACGUAUUUCGGGCCUUUUUGUUCCUCUGGUCACCUUUUCUACAAAACUUCAAGAGUUCAUUGACCAUUUUCAGUCACUAGUGUAGGAGCGUGCAGGCCCAAAUAUAUAUGUUCUUAACUUGGAUUCAGUAGUGUCAUUUAGCAGUGACCUAAUUACUUUAACACCAAUAUUCAUAAUGUCGCUUUAAAUUUAAGGUUACUAAAUACACUCCAACAGUCCAAUUACUAUUUACCGCUCACUCUAUCAGAAAUAGUCCAUUUGACCUCUUUCAGGUCAAUCUUAUCAGAAAACUAUGUACAUAACACCAUAAGUUUCCAUCGCCCCUUUUACUGACUGAAAUGUAUUUUAUAGCAAUGGUAUAUUUUUUACGCAUGAUACACCAAUCAUUUAAAUUCUAUUUUAUGUAAUUAAUAUUCAAAUUUUAUCCUGCAGCAGGCCGUAGAACAAUGUGACUGGCCGAUUUAAUUGAUAUUUCCUACUUGAGGAUAUUAGGCUUGAUUUACCUAUACGUCUACGACAUUAUUAAUAAAAAUAUAACACACUCUUGAAGAAAACACCUCGGGUGGGUAGAAAACGUUUAAACUUAACGGGGAUUCAUUAAAGAGGGUCCGAUAUUUUCACUCUUGUGUGAGGCCUUUUUCUAGUUGAAAUUUUACUUAGGAAAUUAUUGAGUUUGGCGUUCUUAUACAGUGGCUACAUUAACUGUUGUCUUAAAACACAAAAGACUUUGUUGUACGUGGUUUUAUUAUCAAUUAUCUUCGAGUAUGUUAUUUUUAUUAGAAAUUUCUAAAUUUUCCAAGGAUUUAAUGUGAUUUGUAUGUUAUUAGAACAAACCAACCAUAGAACCAUUGCAGUAUAAAAAAUAAGUACAAUUCAGUCAAUUUAGAUAUUCCUUAAAAGAUUUUGAACGUUAUUGAGAGUAUGAAAAUACUUUGUGGACCCAAAAGUAACGAAUGAUUACAAACAUAAAAGCCAUGAGGCUUAAUUUCUUUAAUACAGCCCAACCUAAGAUUAUGAUACAUGUUUUGAGCUACGCGCUGGAUACACAGGGCAUUUAAAAUCGAAUGCUACAUUCUAUUAUAAAUUUAUAAAAAAAAAUAAUAAUAAAUUUUUUAAACAAAUUGUUAUUAUAUUUUCCUCAAAGGUGACACUUUAGAUAAUUUUAAAUAAGUCUAAAUGGCUGGUCCAGCUUUCAUUGUGUAGCCGAAUUCUAAUGAACUCUAUAGUAUCAAAACUAAAACUUACAACGUCCCAAACAAUAUUAUUCAUAGGUUCUGAGAGAGAAUAACACUGUGCUUACUGGUACUCUAAAACUUAAAACUCGUUGUUCUAAAACCACCAACUUUGUCGAAGUCAACUACUAACACCAACCUUAGUUGAUUUAUAUAUGAACUGAUUUCACUAUUUUAAACUAAACUUCUUUUCUUCAUAUGCUCACCUUCAUAGAAAUAACCAAGCGAUCUCGUAAAAGUUAAAUCAUUAGAUUUUAUGCUCUCAUAAAAAAAGGAUUGUUUAAAUUUUUAUUUUUGUCGUUUUCCACAUUUCCUUGAAUCACCCCGGGGAACAGAACGCUUCUAGGUGUUUCAAAUGUAAACCCUCUACGUUUAAUUUUCGUCCUAAAUAUUGACAACUUGUGCAACUUUGUUUAGGUAAAGAAAUAGAUACAAUCCGGGUGUAGCUUACGUUGUUGUUUUGAUGCAAAAAGUUAGUUUAUUUAUAGAAAAGUGACAAAAACAAAGGAAACGGCGUUUGAGUUGCGUUUGACUCGAUUGGGUUUACAAAUUUAGCCGCCAGUCGCGCUGUAGACGCGCAAACUCUGCAUGCUCACUAGCAAACGACGCGUAGUAGAUGGUGGGAGUAGAAGAAGAGGGGGGAAACAGCAAUGACGUAUAUUGUGUAGUGCGGAAGGAAAUCCCGUCAACAGUGCUGCGACCUAGUCACUAUCAAGAGAACUACCUACGUUUACGCAUACAAAAUGCCUACGAUGUUUCUUCUGUGUUCGUCACUUUCAGCUUAGCUUGGUUUAAAAUGUAACUAUUUAAGUUAAGAUAUGUACAUACUUUUACAUUUAUUCAUUUAACGGGACCAAUGUAAUAUCAAUCUAAAGUCAAUUAGAUAUGUUCAUCAAAAUGCGGCAAAUAAUAAUUUGCGAGAGCACCACUUAAUUUGGUUAUGUUAACAAAUACACAUAUUAUAUUAGUGUAGUAUUUUUAGGGUCUUAGGGCCAUGAAAUUAAUUUCAGAAAUACUCAUAAAAAUUGAAAAAAUUAUCAAAACCUCAGAACAUUUUGUGUUUUUGUGUUUAUUGGCCAAAUCAUGUAAAAAAAAUGUAGUUAAACUAUUGGAACUUAUUAUAUUAUAAUUAGUAUUUGGUUAACAUUAGGAUUGUGUUGUUGUUUGUAUAAACAUUUCAAAAAGUUGAAAUAUUUCCAAAUUUAGAACACAAGGUAGGCUCAUUAUUGAAAAGUUAACCUGGUUUUAUUGCAUUGUUGUCAUGAUCGUUUCAUGGUUACAUGUAAUUUUUCUUGUAUUAAUCCUUUAUUAUACUGAAGGGUAUCACAUGGUUUUACCAAUUAAGUAUUAAUAUCCACAGUUUAAUCUAAUGAUCAAGUUGAUUGACAAUGUGUAUUUUUAGAGCUGUUAAACAAUAUAUUAAGUUUGUUUUAAGUUUGCAUAUGACACUGAAACACCAAUCUAAAACUAAGAAACUAAAUGAAAAUCUUCCUCCUUACAGCUAAAUAUUCAUUUUGCUUUGUCAUCUAAUAUAUCUCCCUUUCAAACGUAACAGUUUUCUUCUGUUCCUCAGUACUUCAAAGAAAUUGGUAUUUUUAUAUUAUUUUCGAGAAACCCUGAUGUCAAUUUUGCAGUAGAUUGUAAGUAAACUGUAGUUUUUGAGCACUUUUCUGACCUAGAACUUCCUAUCUAGGCUAAGUCCUGUUUUGCGCUAGAAACUGUAGCUUGUGAUAAAGUAGGGAUAGUAUUGCACAUGUAUAUACUUGUAGGGUAAAGCUUCUAUAAAUAUAUAAAUAUUAUAUUACAAGUCACAUAUUCAUGUACGUGUUCAUAAGAUGUUAUUAUCGGUGUGCCUUUCUUCGUGUAUUUACCCAUUUCGCUUCGUUCACCGCUACCGCUUCACCGCACUGCUUUUAUAGUAGCUUGUUCCAUUUUUAGACAACAGGGUACCGAGUUUUCCCUAGAAAAGGAAAGAAAAUUGAAAAUGUAUUUUGUUUUUUAACAAUUUAUUUCCGUCGCACAUGUAAUUCCCUUGACAUGUAAAUAUAGGUAUUAAAAUAGAAUUGGGUUAUCUAUGUUCAUUGAACAUUUAUUUUUAAUAUAUGAGAGGUAAAAUGUUGAAAUCUGUUGGUUUAUAAAUAGUUUUCCUGUAAAUUAAGGAAAGAGUCUAG